AUGCCGCGAGGGUUCCUGGUGAAGAGGAACCGGAGAACCAACCCGGUGUCGUACCGGGUCCGGUCCGACGAGGAGGACGCGGAGCCUCCAUCAUCCUUCUCCUCCUCUUGCUCCUCAUCCUUCUCCUCCUCCUCGGUCCUCUGCGUCCCGGUGCGGUCCCGGACACCGACUCCCUCCUGCGGACCGGCGGCCACGGCCCCGGAUCCGGGCACCAGACCGGUUCAGUUCGGGAACCCGGAAGCGGUGCACCGGCCGCUGAGCAGCCCCACGCGCCCGGUGAGCCAGGAGCACGAGCGCUCCUACCGCCUCGGGUCCCCGGAGUCCGGGUCGUUCCCCGGCCCGGGGACCCGGGUCGUCCCGGUGGACCUGAAGAUCGGAUCCAGCAACAGCAGCCGGACCGGGACCGGGAUGACCUCCAUCACCGGGAUAAACUCCACCGGGUCGCACCCCGGGACCACCGGGACCAAGCGACCCUCCAGCGACCCGGAGCGUAAAAGCAAACCCGCGUCCAAGAAAGCCAAAGCCUUCCGGAAGCUGCACUUUGAGGAUGACGUCACCACGUCCCCGGUCCUCGGGCUCCGGAUCAAAGAGGCUCCGCUGGACCAGAAGCCGCUGAGACCCCCGCCGGCCGGGGGCGACCACCCCCUGCUGGGUGGGUUCGUGUGCCAGCUGUGCCGGGAGGCCUACCCGGACCCGCUCGGCCUGGCCCAGCACCGGUGCUCCCGGAUCAUCCGGGUCGAGUACCGGUGCCCGGAGUGCGACAAGGUCUUCAGCUGCCCGGCCAACCUGGCCUCGCACCGCCGCUGGCACAAGCCCAAGACCCCCGGCCCGGCGGGGGGCGACCAGGGCCCCGGGGCCGGGAGACCGGGUCCGGAGGAGGCGAAGGACUCCAGCGACCGGGACCGGGACUCCCCCAGCCCGGGACCCUCCGAGUCCGGCUCCGAGGAGGGUCUGUGGGACUGCCUCCACUGCGGGAAGAGGUUCAAGCGGCCGGCGUACCUCCGGAAGCACGUGGCGUCUCAGCACGGAGCGCAUCCGGUGGAGGAGGAGGAGGAGGAGGGGGGGGUCCCGGACCCGGUCCCGGUCCCGCUGAACCUCAGCUCCUCCCCCGGCCUACCGGUCCCGGUCCGGCUCCGUCACGCCUCCAGCGGCUUCUCCUGCAAGUACUGCCCGGCCGUGUGCCACUCCUCCCCGGGCCUGACCCGCCACAUCAACCGGUGCCACCCGUCCGAGAACCGCCAGGUCAUCCUGCUGCAGGUGCCGCUGCGCCCGGCCUGCUGA